AAUUGGCUGUAACAUGUAAGCCCCGAGAAGAUCCAAAGUGUGUUAAGUACUUUGCAUUCAUUCUGUUUCCCUUCUGGCCUUUUUGGCAGGAGAAUUAUUGAUCACUUCACAUGGGCACAUGUUCCUGAAUUGGAAGAAUACGUUUCAGAGCGCACACUGUUCUGUUCCUACCAGUCAACCCAUCUAGAAUGGUACUUUCUGGAGUUAAAUUCUGAAGCUUUGUUCCCUCUCGCGCUGAUCUGCUGCAAAGGAUCUCUGACUCGUGGCUCUGCUCUGGCUGGAAGAAGCAGCUUUUGUGUUACCAGCAAAGAAAGGGCAGAGGGGAGAGUUUCAAAAUACAAGCGGCUCCCAGAGCACACUCCAUAGUUCUAGAUGUGAAUCAAUCCCAUGAUGCAACAUGUCUCCCCACCGCCAGCUCUGACAAUGAUGGCCACACAGACUGUGCCCCCUCCCCCUUAUCAAGAGAGCCAACAGAUGACUGCCACAGCACAGCAGCCGGCAAAAGCACAGCCUGUGCACAUCACCACACCCUCGGCCGCUGCCAACACUACUCUUCCCAGCACUCCUAUCGACCCUCAGGCACAGCUGGAGGCUGACAAGCGGGCUGUCUACAGGCAUCCUCUGUUCCCCCUUCUGACGCUGCUGUUUGAAAAGUGUGAGCAGGCGACGCAGGGCUCCGAGUGCAUAACUUCCGCCAGCUUCGAUGUAGACAUUGAGAAUUUCGUACACCAGCAAGAACAGGAGCACAAACCAUUCUUCAGUGAUGACCCUGAGCUGGACAACCUGAUGGUAAAAGCCAUUCAGGUACUGAGAAUUCAUCUACUGGAGCUGGAGAAGGUGAAUGAAUUGUGCAAAGACUUUUGUAAUCGUUACAUCACCUGCCUCAAAACUAAGAUGCACAGUGACAACCUACUCAGGAAUGACCUUGGGGGCCCCUACUCCCCGAACCAGUCCUCCAUAAACCUACACUCACAGGAUAUGCUGCAGAAUUCUCCCAACUCAAUGACUGCAGUAUCUGGCAACCCCCAAGGAAUCGUGGUACCUGCCUCAGCACUUCAGCAGGGGAACAUCUCCAUGACGACGGUCAACUCACAAGUUGUGCCAGGUGGAGCCCUUUACCAGCCUGUAACUAUGGUAACAUCUCAGGGCCAGGUGGUAACCCAAGCAAUCCCACAGGGAGCUAUACAGAUCCAGAACACGCAGGUUAACCUGGACCUGACCUCUCUUCUUGACAGUGAAGAUAAAAAGUCAAAGAACAAACGAGGAGUCCUGCCGAAGCACGCUACGAAUAUCAUGCGCUCCUGGCUCUUUCAGCAUCUUAUGCACCCUUACCCAACAGAGGAUGAGAAAAGGCAGAUCGCGGCACAGACAAACCUCACGCUCUUACAGGUCAACAACUGGUUUAUCAACGCUCGGCGACGUAUUCUGCAGCCCAUGCUUGACGCAAGCAAUCCUGAUCCGGCCCCCAAAGCAAAGAAGAUCAAGUCCCAGCACCGGCCCACUCAGAGAUUCUGGCCCAACUCCAUUGCUGCUGGCGUGCUGCAGCAACAAGGAGGGAACCCUGGUACUAACCCCGACGGCUCCAUAAAUAUGGACAACCUGCAGUCUCUCACCUCAGAUAAUGCCACCAUCGCUAUGCAGCAGGCUAUGAUGGCCGCUCAUGAUGACUCACUGGAUGGGACAGAGGAUGAGGAAGAGGAUGAAAUGGAGGAGGAGGAGGAGGAGGAGGAAGAGGAGGAGCUGGAGGAGGAUACCGAAGAGCUCCAGACAACAAAUGUUAGCGACCUUGGCUUGGAGCACAGUGACUCACUUGAGUAGCAAGUUGCAGUCUGGCGGUAAAGCCAGAUGCCUCCAGAGAAGCCCUGCUCGCCUCAAUCGUUGGCCUGAGGAAUCGUAAAGAGAGCCUGAACUUUUGCCAUCUGAGCUCCACAUCCCUUUAAAGACGUCAUUCAAAUUCAACGAUGACAACCCUUCCCGAGUGUCCCGCUUGUCUGCACUCUGUUGCAGGAACGGGGACACGAAGGCACAUUUAAGAGACAUGCCGAAAUGUGCAAAUGGAUUAUUUAAGUGAAGGACACGUGUUUACAAGGCACAUAUUGUGGCCAGUUGUCCCUCCCCUCCCCCUUUUGUUUUUGAUAAUAACAAACAGAAGUGUUUUUAGGGUAAGGCGUUUUCUGUAUGACUGAAUGUUUUAUGGAUGUUCUAAUGCAAAGCCUUUUUUGUGAUAUGCAGUUGAGAGGCAGGUCUGUUUUCAUUUUCACUGCUUUUAUGAGAGAUUUAUAGAUGCAAAAAAGAGAGAGAGAGAGAAGAUUGAUGGGGGUUUUUUAAA